GAAAUUGCCAACAUGUAAUGUGACGCAGACGUGGCAUCUCGUGGCGGUUUUCUCUGCUCAAUCACUCAAGUUUUGUGGUUAAGUUAAUUUUGUUUAGGAAAUAUUAAGUAGUAAGUGGUACGGCAGCGAAGAAGAAAAUGUACAAAAUCUUUCAAAUCUUGGUCGCGGUUUUUGUGGUAGCAUAUUGCUCGGAGGAGAAGGAAGAUGAGGCGCAAGGAGCGAGGCUGCUGGUAUCCAAACAAAUUCUCAAUAGAUACUUAGUAGAAAGUAGAGACAUUGAAGUGCGAUAUUCCCUUUAUAAUAUUGGUAAAGCUCCAGCUGUUAAUGUGCAACUUGUUGAUAAUGGAUUCCACCCAGAAGCUUUCCAAAUUGUCGGGGGACAUCUUUCUACAACAUUUGUCAGGAUACCUCCCGAGUCUAAUUUUACUCAUGUAGUUGUUGUCCGACCGAAGAGGUAUGGUUACUUUAACUUCACAAGUUCGGAGGUAACCUAUAAAAUCUCUGAUGACCCCAAUGCCAAGGUCCAAGUAUCUUAUAGUAGUGAACCUGGAGAGGGAGGUAUUAUAGCAUUCCGUGAUUAUGAUAAGAAAUUCUCGGCCCACUACUGGGACUGGUUGGCUUUUGCGCUUAUGACAACACCAUCACUCGUAAUACCGUUAGCUUUGUGGUACAACAGUAAAAGUACUUAUGAAAAAUUGGCGAAGCCAAUUAAAAAGCACUGAAGAUUCAUAAUUCAUUGAAAACCAACAUCUUAAUUUAUUUUUGUAUUUGUUAUCAGACUGGAUAAUUUUCAAACAUUGUUGAAAUAUAUUUAUAAUAGCGCUGGAACCCAAUAAAUUUGAAAAUUGAUUUGCAUUCUUGUUAUUAUUGGGUGUGCAUUCAACAGAUUGUUUAGUUAAAGU